AUGACGCCUGCCCGCCCGCCUGACGAUGAUCGAGGUCGCGCCUGGCCAGAUGCCGGCAAGCGGCUUGGCCCAGGGCCAGGCACCUCUGAACGACAAUGGCCCUGCGAAGCAUUCGCCCUCACAAUGGACUACAGCGCCCACGAUCCGGAUCAUCCUGCGGGCGGCGAUCCAUGGGCCUCGUCACCGGGAACAAGUCGCCAGUCGUUGGACCACAGCCGCAACAGCGACGUGCCCUCGUCCCCGCUUCCUUCGCAGGCCUCACCCUACCACGAGGGCGCCGAGCAAUAUGGCUACCUGGGCGACCAAGAUGCGCAGAAUAGGCCCAUGACAGCCUCGAGCAAUGGCGACCACGCGCAGCAACAACAGCAGUCUCAUGGCCAAGAUGCGCCGCCACAAGGCCAUGGACAGCCAGGACAGCCAGGACAGCAGCAAGCACCACACCAACACCAGCAGCAGCAGGGCCAGCAGCCACAGCGAUACCAUGGAACACGCCCACAACGCCAGCAACAACACUACAAGCUUCAGGCCAAGGUUACGGGCUUGGAGAGGAACGGCAAGAAGGACCCAAUCCUGCGCUUCGAUGUCUAUACCAACCUCCCCAAGUUCCGAACCACGCAAUUCCGCGACGUCCGCCGGUUACACUCCGAAUUCGUGAAGCUGGGCGAGCAUCUCAUCUCAGCAUGUCCAGAAGCCAUUGUUCCUGCAGUGCCUCCAGCGACGACCUCGGCAGGCGCUGGUACCGACGAGGAUGAGAUGCGCCUGAAGUCGUCGAUGCAACGGUGGCUGAAUAUUGUCUGCAGCAACGACAUCCUUAUACGCGACGAGGAGAUGGUCUUCUUCGUCGAGAGCGACUUUGGAUACAGCCCAGUAGUCCGGAGGAAACAACCCGCGACUGGAGUGCGCCGUAAAGUCAUCAAGCAGUUUGCGCCGCCACCAGAUGAUACACCAGAACUUGCAGUCGCUCGACCGAUUGUCAAGGCAUUCUACCUCGGGACUAUGGAGGCCGAGCAGAAGCUGGAGAAAGUCGUCAAGCACCGGCGAAACCUCGGUGUUGCCGAAUCCGAUCUCGGCGCCAAAUUCGCAGCCCUCCACGUUCAAGAGUCUCACGCCGGCCUCGCACACGCCUACAAGAAAAUCGGAAAGAUCAUCCAAGCCACCGGGGACUUCCACGCCGCUCAGGGCACAGCAGAAGCCACCACUUUAGGUGACCCUCUCCAAUAUCAUAGCAGCGAUGCCUUCAUCGCCAAGGAAACCCUCACCAACCGGCACAUUUUGCUCCGCGAACUCCUCCAAGCGCAAGCAGCCACCAGAUCCAAACUCACCGCUGCCGAUAGACUAAAAGCCAGUUCGAGCGUGAAGCGCGACAAGGCCGACGAAGCCAUCACCGCGCUCGAGGAAGCAAGAAGCCAUGAGGAAUACCUGACCGCAAAGGCACAGCGCGUAACCGCAAACCUGCUACAAGAACAGCAGAAAUGGUUCACACGAACAACCCACGACAUGCGCCUCGCCAUCCGCGACUACGUCAUCCGCCAAAUCGAAGCAGAACGCCGCACACUCGCCACCCUCGAAUCCGUCCGCCCUGACAUCCGCGCCAUUGACAACAGCGGCGGCCUCUCCCGUCUAGGUCGCGAAGCACAUCCCGCCAUCCGCCGGGCCAGCAUGGCCAGCUCGCAGGGUCCAAAGGGUGACGCGUGGUCUGGUGUUCCGCGCCGGCCGGGCGACGGCCUGAAUCGCAGUGUCAGCGGGAGUCUUGUGGGGGGUUUGCCCGAGGUGGAUGAGGGAGAGGAGGAGUCUGUGAUCGGGGGCAGGAAGAGGGCGACGAGUAAGGCGAGUUUGCUAAAGGCGGAGGAGGAUGACGAUAGGAUUGAUGCUAAGAAUGCGGCGAGUCGGUUGGCUACGACGACUUUUUAG